CGGACCCCGCCCCCUGAUCGGCUCCCCGCUCCCAUUGUCUCCGCAGAUGCCGCCUGGUCUGGCUGUGGUGCUCUCGGUGUUCAGUUUUCGGAGGUUGCGCUCUUUCUCUGGACGGUGGAGCUGUUCCGCGGCAGGGAAGCAGCUUCCCAAGUUUGGGCGGCUCUUCAUUCCUCUGUAGGACCCUGUUUGCUGAACCAGGGCGGCUGCAGCUAUGUCCGCGCUGCGAUCUCUUCUGCUUCUGCUUCCGCUGUGUCCCGGUCCUGGUUCUGGACCCGGGAGCGAGGCAAAGGUCACCCGGAGUUGCACUGAGACCCGGCAGGUGCUGGGAGCCCGGGGAUAUACCUUAAGCCUACUCCCUCCCGCCGUGAUCUCAGGUGAGCACCUCCGGAUCUGCCCCCAGGAGUAUACCUGCUGUUCCAGUGAAAUAGAGCAGAGGCUGACCUGGGAGACUGAGUCCAUCUUCCGAAGCCUGGUAGAGGAGAGUGGCUCUUUUCUGGUUCACACACUGGAUGUCCGACACAGAAAAUUUGAUGAGGUUUUUCGAGAAGUGCUCUCAUCUACUGAGCACUCCCUGACCCUGCUCUUCCACCGUUCCUAUGGCCGCUUAUAUGCCCAGCACACCCCCAUAUUCAGUGGCCUGUUCUCCCAGCUGCGGGACUACUAUGAGAGUUCCAGUGAGGGGUUAGAUGAUGCCUUGAUGGAUUUCUGGGCGCAGCUCCUGGAGAGAACAUUUCCCCUGCUGCACCCACAGUACAUCUUCUCUCCUGACUACCUGUUCUGCCUUACGCGUCUCUCCUCCUCUGCUGGUGACUCUCUGAAGCCUUUUGGGGACUCACCUCGCCGCCUCCACCUGCAGAUAAUUCGAGCCAUGGUCGCUGCCCGGGCUUUUAUUCUGGGCCUGGAGACUGGAAGAGAUGUGGUCAGUGAGACCCUUAAGGUGCCAAUGAAUGAAGCCUGUAGGCGGGCUGUAAUGCGGCUGACUGGCUGCCCACUUUGUCGGGGGGUCCCCUCACUGCCACCUUGCCGGGGCUUCUGCCUCAACGUAGCCUAUGGCUGUCUCAGCCCCCAGGGACUGGAUCCUGACUGGGGAACCUAUCUGGACAGUCUCCUGUUCCUGGCUGAGAAGGUCCAGGGCCCCUUCUCCUUUGAGGGGGCAGCCCAGUCUAUUGCAGUGAAGAUCUCCGAGGGCUUGAUGUUUCUGCAGGAAAACAGUGUGACCCUGUCAGCCCAGGUGUUUCACCAAUGUGGGACCCCUCCCCAUGCACCGGCGCGCGCCCGCCGAGCCCCAGCGCCGCGGGAAGAGGUGGGCCGGCUCUGGGCCGCGGCGGCGGCGCUGGAGGAGCAACCCACGACGGUGACGGGCACCAGCCUGCCUCGCCUAGUGUGGGAGCUCCGCGAGCGACUGGGCCGCGUGAGGGGCUUCUGGGCUGGACUGCCCCUGACGGUGUGCGGAGACCCCCGCAUGGCGGCGGACAUUUCGCAGGAGGCGGCGCCCUGCUGGACCGGAGCUGGGCGGGGCCGGUACAUGUCGCCAGUGGUCGGGGGCUCCCUGUCAGAGCAGCUCGACAACCCAGAGCUGGAUGUGGAAACUUCGAGCCCCGACGUCCAGACGCGGAGGCGGCGGCUGCAGCUUCGGACGGCCACGAUCAGGAUGCGGGCGGCCGCCCUGGGUCACGACCUGGAACUGGAGGACUCGGAUGAGGAUGCCAGUGGUUCUGGAGGGGGCCAGCAUUAUGCGGAUGACUGGAUGGCCAGGGCAGGAGCUGUGGCACCGCCAGCUAGGCUUCCUCGCCCUCCUCGAAGGGAUGGCGCUGGGGGCAAAGUAGGUGUCCUUGUCCACCACAACAGGGGCAGGGGCAGCUCUGGGGGUUCAUCUCUCUGUUUUCACACCCAGCCCGUCCUCAUUCUCAUCCUCUCAGUCCUGGCUCUGCUUGGACCUCGAUAACAUGGGAGGGGUGCCCUAGCAUCAGAAGGGUUCACGGCCUUUCCCCUCCUCCCUUGACAGCUGGGUUGGGGGAGGAGUUGAAGGGGGCUGCAGAGAGGGUAGAGAAGGGACUUUUUGGGUGAAUGGCUGGGGCCCCAAAUUCAGGAGAUUUUCAUUGGUGGGUUGGGGAUGGGGGUGUUCACAAUAUUUAUUUUUUCAUUUAGUGUCUUGGGGGAGGGGCUGGGGGUAUUUAUUUAGCAAGGAGGUAUGGUCUCUCCAGCCAAGCCUUUACAGUUGGGCCAGUGAUUGGCCCCAACAAGGAGAAAGGGAAGAGUUUUAGAGUUGCAGUUGGGGAUGUGUUUGAAGGAAGCUGGAAGUGGGGAGGGGUAGGGGCACCCAGUCUCAGAACUGGAUAAAGCUGGGUGCUGAUAGGGUGCAGGGCAGGGACAGGGUUAUAUGUGAAUAGGAUGUCAGGAUCCAUGGACCUGGGUGCUGUUGAGUUUUCCCAUCAAUUUCUUAAAGAUAGCAAAAAAUAAGUAAAUGAAUCUUAUGACCUCUGCUAGCCACAUUUUUCACAAGCUUCCUCAUUUCAUGUUUCAGUAUUUGACUCAGUGUUUACAAAUAAAUGGCUAAUUGGA